AACUGAACUGAAGGAGCCGCAAUGGCUGCCGUUCACCCGAUCACUCGACAGAUCAGCAGCUCGGUUCAGAGCAAACAAGCUUCACACGACAUCUGCCUCUCUGAGCUCAAAAACUACUUCAUAAUCGAUCGACAUGGCGAUAAGAAAUCCUUCAGCAGUUUGUUUGAACACAACAAAGCAGUCAUCGUUUUCGUGAGGCACUUCUUAUGUUACACAUGUAAGGAAUAUGUGGAAGAUUUGGGUAAAAUACCUCAGCAUGUGUUGCAGGACUCGAAUGUCAGAUUGGUAGUGAUAGGACAGUCUUCACACUCUCAUAUACAGGAUUUCUGCUCUCUGACAGGAUUUCCUCAUGAAAUAUAUGUAGAUCCUGAAAGACAAAUCUACAAAAGGCUUGGAUUGAGAAGAGGAGAGACGUACAUGGAGACACCAUCCGUCAGUCCUCAUGUGAAGUCCAACAUGGUUUCUGGGAGUCUGAAAAGUGUGUGGCGUGCAAUGACUAGCCCUGUGUUUGAUUUCCAAGGAGACCCGCAGCAGCAAGGUGGAGCUCUUAUUGUAGGCCCAGGUCCCGAUGUUCAUUUUGCCCAUUUUGACAUGAACCGGUUGGACCACAUGCCUAUCAACUGGCUGCUUCAGUUAGCAGGUCUUCCAGCGCUGGACUUCAGUGAUUCCCCUGAAAUCAUUGAUAUCUGAACUGAAGCGGUUAUAAGGCAGUGCUGCUCUUUGUUUGAACUCUAUAAUUGCAGUGGGGGAAAUAAGUAUUAAACAGAUUGUCAUGUUUUCUUCUGGGAAUAAUAUUGAGUUUCUCAAAGACGUCAACAGAGUGUCUAAAUCUUGAUGCUUCUGUGGGUCUCGUCUAUCAAAUCUGAGCUUUAUUUUGUAUUUUCUAUUGGAUUGGAGUCAGGUGAUUGGCUGGGCUAUUAUAUAGCUUGAUUUUCUUUCUCUGAAAGCAUCUGAGAAAGCAUCUCUUUGGCUGUGUUUUGGAUCAUUGUCUUGCUGAAAUGGUUUGAUCUUCAUCCUCCUGCUAAUGUAGAUGUUAGACUGAAGCAGCUGAUAUUCAUUUACACUGAGGAAGGGCAGAGGGUUGCUGAAGAACUACUGAGAGAUUUCAGCUGCUGUCUGGGCUUUCACUGCCGAACUACACCUUCCUUUCUUCAUGUGUUCAACACUUUUACAUCAUUUUAAUUUAUUAUGCAUACAACUUCUUUGUUUUCUUUGCAUAUACUGAUGUUUUUGGUUGUUACCAACAUCAAGUCAACGGCACCUUUAUGUGAAAAAUGGUGAUGUGUUCAAUACUUUGUUCCCCCACUGUGUGUGUAUAUAUAUAUAUAUAUAUGUAUAUGUAUAGAGAGAAUAUGUACCAUUAUUAUUUACCAUUUUAUCCUACUCUCAUCCUGUUUAGGUAUUUUCCCGAAUUUUUUAUCUUUCUAUGAAAAGUGGAAGUAACCUCAACACAGCUGAUCUCAAAUGUGAUAUAAUUGCAAGAGCUGAGUUACGCUUUCGCUUGAAAAUCAUCUUAAAAUUAAUAUCAAAGUGGCCGCAUUCCCUUCCUUUCCAUUAAAGCCAUGCAUUGUUGCCCAUAAUGCAGUUAACAACAUUAUAUAACCAUAAACACAAAAUACGAAAACUGUUCAUUAACACUAUACUCUAUAUAGACUAUAUCAAUGUGGUGAUGUCAUAUGUCCAUUAACAUUUCCUGCUUGUUGUUAAACUGUUUUCUAACUGUAACGAGGCAAUUCAAUCAUAACUUUAUGUUAAAACCGCUAUCAUAACAGUAUUCAUCAAUAUGUGGACAUUUUUGGAUUCUUGGAAGCUAUGGAAAUUAAAAAUGUAAAACCGGAAA